UUAGGCUGGAGAUCGGUCUCUUGUCAGCGUUAUCGCACACGAAAUCGCCCAUUCUUGGACUGGCAAUCUUGUCACGAACAGUUCAUGGGAACAUUUUUGGUUGAAUGAAGGUCAUACUGUGUACGUAGAGCGGCUCAUAAUUGAGAAGAUGUACGGUCGUCAGAUGCGACAACUUCAUUUGUCGGUCGGCUACGAAGAGCUCAAGCAGACGGUUCGUGACCUUGGAGAAUGCAGUCCUCUGACCAAACUGAUACCGGAUCUCCGUAAUGUCCAUCCGGAUGAUGGCUUCUCUCGAAUUCCAUAUGAAAAAGGCUCGCUUCUCCUCUAUCACUUGGAAACGCUUUUCGGGCAUGGUAAUUGGACUGAGAACAUCAAGAUUGUAAAUAAACUUAACUGUUUAAAUGCAAACACUUAUUCUGACUAA